AUGGAGAGGAGAGAUGAAGAGAGGAAGAGGGGGAUGGACAGGAGAGGAGAGAUGAAGAGAGGAAGAGGGGGAUGGACAGGAGAGGAGAACAACCCGGUGCCACAGUGCACAGCGCCUGUCACUUGUGAUAAUCCACAGUGGCAUCUGAGGUCAGGAGAGUGUGUACACAGAUGCACACAGGUAUGAAAUAGCAUUAAACACUGUGAAAUAGCAUUACGCCCUCCACCAUGGGCUACUGACGUCACAGACCAUGUCAUUGAUCACUGAGAGACUGGAGAGAGAGAAGCAGUGGAGCAUGAGAAAGGUAGUCCCAGUCCCCCAGACCACACAGGCACAUACUACCUGCCUUUGUUCUAAAUGGUACUCCAUUUAUUUUAUAGGACACUACUUCUCACCAGGACCCAUAGGGCUCUGGUCAAAAUUUGUGCACUAUAUAGGGAAUAGGGUGCCAUUUGGGACACAGUCUCUGACAGAACAGAACACCUUAACACAGCAGCCAUGUGGCUUUAAACACACACUCAACCAAGGACACAAUGUCCUCUAUGUGUCAUGUCCUAGUACUGUACACACUCAGGCGCAGUACAUUUACUCUAAUGACGUUGACCAACACACACACACACGGCCAUUUCAUUCCUUUCCUGGGAUGUGCUGUACUCUCCUGCUAAGCUAUUCAGAGAGGAUUAUAAUUAUGUGUAUUUUUCUUGUUUCUUUAGAGGUUUAACAUUGUCGCUUUGCACCUGUUUCAUAUUUUUAGAAAGCAUUAUCUGACAUUGAAGGACUUCAGGAAUGAAUGAGAAUAAAUGGCAUCCAGUUUGCUCUUCGUCUGGGAAUGGUACAUUACAUGGCCUGCGUCCCAAAUGUCACCCUAUUCCAUAUAUAGUGCACUACUUUUGACCAGGGCCCAGAGGGUUCUGGUCAAAAGUAAUGCACUAGGGAAUAGGGUGCCAUUUGGGACAUCCAUAGGUCUGCAUGGUCUCCUGUAGGUCCACUCUACUGGCCAAUCAUUCUAAUGGGGCUCAUUAAUGGUAGACAAUCCCAUUGGCUAGGUGAAGGCUGAAGGUGACUGGGACAAAUUACACUCCCUCCUCUAAGUAUUCUUGAUGCCCCCUUUUCUUGGAGGACGAUUCUUACCUAACAGUUGUUGCAACAUCUAUGGGUUUGUAUACUGUAUAGGCUUAGUGCUUUAAAAGGCAAUUUCUAUGGUUUCUCACUGGGAGCAGAAAUUUGCCUGGGCAAUAAACACCAGCAAUUUUUCCCUUGAGGCCCCCAUUAUUAGCCAAAUAAUGAGCAUUCUGUGCAAAAAGGGUUUUCAUUGGGUUUAUGCUGUAUGGAUCUUUGAUACAUUUUUUGCUAGUGGUAAACUAAGCCAGCCAUGUCCCAUUCCAGCUCCCCUUCCCUUUCUCUCUCAUCUACAGGUAAACAUUUAGCAAAGGGCCAGGGGAAAUUACUGUGGGUUGUAUCACUGUGCGUUUGGCUUGGUUCUCCAUCGGCCACCAGCGACUGAGGAGCUUGUCACGCUCUCACAGGCAGAGGAAAUGUAAUCCGUAUAAGGCCAUGUCCAUGUCACCAACUGCUGCUACCGCUGCCACAGACAGACUCAGCUCAGAUUACUAUCAUGUCCAAUAACAUUAUAUGUAAUUCCCUUCUAAACGAUUCUGUCUUAAAAAAGGAUAUUCUUAAGGCCACAAUCAGGUUACGAUUUGGAGUCUGUGUAUGUUUUUUCUCCCGUCUCUUUUCUCUAGCCAGUGACCUAUUUCUUAAGUAUUUAUUGUUUAAAUCCCUUUUCGCAGAAAAUGUAAUGCCUUACUACGGUGGGGGGUAGGGGUGGGGGAUGAUUUGUACGACAUGUUGCUCCCUCCUGUCUCGUCAAAAAAAGAUUGUGGAAUUUGCAUUCUCUUGAAUUGAAUCCAUCUGUCUGUGUCAUAAAGCGGUUAUAUCACGUUUGUUUUAUUCAGAUGGACUGGGGCUGCGUCCCAAACCACACCCUAUUCCCAAUAUUGUAGUGCACCACUUUUGACUUUUGACCCUAUGGGCCCUGAUCAAAAGAAGUGCACUAAAUAGGGAAUAGGGUGCCAUUUGGGACACAGCCUGGGUGGAUAGCUGUUCCAGAGGAAAAAGGUCAUACAUGAUUUUAUAGUGGGACACAGUGAUCCAGCCAUCGUACAGAUUAUAUUUACCAACCAUUUGCACAAGUGCAGUUUGCUCAUUGUUAGUCAGAAGGAAACACAAGACAAAAACAAAGUUUAGUUAUGAAACUGUCAAAUCAUUACAAGACUAAUCGUAGUUUUUAUUUUUAUAUAGAUAGAUAGAUAGAUAGAUAGAUAGAUAGAUAGAUAGAUAGAUAGAUAGAUAGAUAGAUAGAUAGAUAGAUAGAUAGAUAGAUAGAUAUAUUUCUUUGACAAUUACAAUCACAAUACAACCACACGUGGAUAAUGCAUUUAAAAUCAUCAAGGAUGACACAAAAAAGUUUUAAAACGUAAACUCAGCAAAAAAAGAAAUGUCCUCUCACUGUCAACUGCGUUUAUUUUCAGCAAACUUAACAUGUGUAAAUAUUUGUGUGAACAUAACAAGAUUCAACAACUGAGACAUAAACUGAACAAAUUCCACAGACAUGUGACUAACAUAAAUUGAAUAAUGUGUCCCUGAACAAAGGGGGGGUCAAAAUCAAAAGUAACAGUCAGUAUCUGGUGUGGCCACCAGCUGUAUUAAGUACUGCAGUGCAUCUCCUCCUCAUGGACUGCACCAGAUUUGCUUGCUGUGAGAUGUUACCCCACUCUUCCACCAAGGCACCUGCAAGUUCCCGGACAUUUCUGGGGGGAAUGGCCCUAGCCCUCACCCUCCGAUCCAACAGGUCCCAGACGUGCUCAAUGGGAUUGAGAUCCGGGCUCUUCGCUGGCCAUGGCAGAACACUGACAUUCCUUUCUUGCAGGAAAUCACCCACAGAACGAGCAGUAUGGCUGGUGGCAUUGUCAUGCUGGAGGGUCAUGUCAGGAUGAGCCUACAGGAAGGGUACCAAAUGAGGGAGGAGGAUGUCUUCCCUGUAACGCACAGCGUUGAGAUUGCCUGCAAUGACAACAAGUUCAGUCCGAUGAUGCUGUGACACACCGCCCCAGACCAUAACGGACCCUCCACCUUCAAAUCGAUCCCGCUCCAGAGUACAGGCCUCGGUGUAACGCUCAUUCCUUCGAUGAUAAACGUGAAUCCAACCAUCACCCCUGGUGAGACAAAACGGCGACUCGUCAGUGAAGAGCACUUUUUGCCAGUCCUGUCUGGUCCAGCGAUGGUGGGUUUAUGCCCAUAGGCGACGUUGUUGCCGGUGAUGUCUGGUGAGGACCUGCCUUACAACAGGCCUACAAGCCCUCAGUCCAGCCUCUCUCAGUUGUUGUUGCCAUCCAGAUGUGAUGUUCGGAUGUACAGAUCCUGUGCAGGUUACACGUGGUCUGCCACUGGGCAUCUUUCUUUUGGUGUUUUUCAGAGUCAGUAGAAAGGCCUAUUUAGUGUCCUAAGUUUUCAUAACUGUGACCUUAAUUGCCUACCGUCUGUAAGCUGUUAGUGUCUUAACGACCGUUCCACAGGUGCAUGUUCAUUAAUUGUUUAUGGUUCAUUGAACAAGCAUGGGAAACAGUGUUUAAACCGUUUACAGUGAAGAUCUGUGAAGUUAUUUGGAUUUUUACGAAAGAUCUUUGAAAGACAGGGUCCUGAAAAAGGGACGUUUCUUUUUUUGCUGAGUUUAUUUCCAUUGUGGUCCUCUUAAUUAAAUGGUUCAAAAUGUACAAACAUAAACAUAGUAGUCCUAGGCUACUCAGUAGACCUAGUCUUCUAGGCGUACUUAGGUUACUCAACACAAAACAAAGGACAGGACGACAUUGUCAGAGCCUAGAGCAGGACUCCCUCAGUAUAUCAGCGAUCUCAGGCUCCUAAACUGAGUUAGAUGAUGUUGAUAAUGGUGAUGCCAGAUGAUGGUGAUGCCAGGUGCUGCCAGAUGAUGGUGCAGUUAUUUUUGCCUGCAGUUAUUUUUACACCUCACACAAUGGGGGAGAAAAAAGCCCCGCAAAUAGCGCUACUCUCUUCUCAGCUGGAGAUGCUAAUAAAAACAUCAUGCAGAAUUAAAUUCAGGGAACGAAUGCUGCUGUCUCCCAAAUCCAUGGAGCUCAGCUUUGUCUCCUGACGAAGACUUCUGUGAAGUCAAAACGUGUAUUUGGGUGUAGGAAUAAUGCGCUUGGGAGCAGCCUAUUCUAUGUGUGGGCCUCUCAUUUCCUAUCUCAGUAUAAUGUUUUAUUUAGCACUGGUAUUCUCAAGUUCAGGAUGUGCAUAUCACCCUUCUUUUCUUCAUGCUCAGCUUUUACUACCCCAGACAAAUGUUUCAGACUACAGAGAAACUUGACAUUAUAUCAUAUAUUUUCUUGUGUAACCAAAACUUUACAUCUCUUAGUUUUCUUUCUUUGGCAGACUAAACCAGUUGCGUUUGCUGUCCGCACAAAUGUCAACUACUGCGCCACCAACGAUGAUGACGUCCCUGUGCCGGGCAUGGCCAUCUCCUUUGAGGCGAAAGACUUCCUCCAUGUCAAAGAGGUCAGGGGUCACAGUACUAUCAAAUGGUGAUGAGGAUGAUGAUGAUGAUGAAGUGGAGGAGAAUGGGAAGAAUGAUGAUGAUGAUGAUGAUAAGGAAGAUGAUGUUGAUGACAAUGAUGAUGAGCAGAAGGAGAACACAGAUUUAUUAACCCUUUUAUGUCCGUCCCCCUGUAGAAAUUUAGUAAUGACUGGUGGAUAGGGCGCCUGGUGAAGGAAGGCUGUGAAAUCGGUUUCAUCCCCAGUCCUGUGAAGAUUGAGAACACUCGGAUACAACACGAGCAGAGAGCCAAACAGGGCAAGUUCCAUUCCAGGUACGUACCAUUCCCCGCUACCACCUCACUGCAAUCACCAUGGAAACUAACAUGCACCUCACCCAAUCAUUAUUCUGGCAUUGAGCCGACACUUGAGAUGUCCGACACUUUCAUCAAGCAACACCUCAGAUAUACUGAUAUGAAUGAUAAAGCUGAUAUGAAUUAUUUAUCUUUGCAGUAAAUCAGGAGCAAACUCCUCUACCAGUUUAGGUGAAGUGGUUCCUAACUCGCGGAAAUCCACCCCCCCUUCCUCUGGUGAGUAAACGAGGGCCUUGCAGAAGGCGUUUUGAGAAAGGUUGCCAUGUUUUUCACUAACACAAACUCUUCACUCUAAUACUUGAGUAUUAUCAAACUUCCAUCAACCUCUAAGAGGGCUUGAAAAUGAAGUGUCAUAAAAAUAGGAGACGAUGGUACGUUUUAUUAGUAAGGUCAUUAUUUUGACCUUACUGCUGGCCUAUCUUUUGUACACUUCAGGCGUAUUGUACAAUCGGUUGCUAAAUCUACAGGAUGUAGCCCUUUAGUGAAAGUGUUAGAAUGGUAUUUAUGUCUUAGCUACUGUGGCCUUAAAUGUUUGUUAUUGUUUACUGUCAUUGCUCACCAUAGUUUGACUAUAGUUGACUAUAGCUUGUAUAUGGUUUGUAUAGUUUGUAUAUGUGGUGGAAUAACCUGUGUAUCUGUCCAGUGUUAGGUGUUCAAUGUUACCCUUGUAGCCUCCUGUGUUUGCCUCUGUGUGAUGGUGGCCUUGUAUGUCUGUGUGCAUAGCCGUUGACAUAGAUGCCACAGGCUUAGACCCCGAGGAAAAUGAGCUUCCAGUCCACCUCCGCUCCCCUAAAGCCAGUCAGCCAAACACUGUCAUGUCACCCACCCUAGCCAAAGAGAAACGAAUGCCCUUCUUUAAGAAGGUAAAUGUGGCAUCUACGCCGGUAUUUUCUCUCUAUCUCCUCUCUCUGUCAGUCCGUCUGUCCACACAGCUACCCACGACAACUGCCUGACUGUGGCUGCUCAGCAUCACCCUGUCCACCGUCUGUCCGCUCGCCCGUUCUGUUUGUCCUCCAUGUCCUACCACAGUCCGUGUCUCUUCCCUCCCUCCGCUGGGCGUUCGAGCCAUUAGCAUGCAUGUUGCCUGUUUCUUAACCCUCUCUCUCUCUCUCUCCUCUUCCAUCUGGGCCGUAGCUAAGCAGAAGCAGAAGUCGGUAAGUUAUAUUGCCAUGCAGCACGCACCAACCCCUAGCAGGGCCUUGGAGGGAGCCUUGCGGGUCUGGGGGAUGUGCAUCAGUGAUUUCUCUGCAGUGGUUGUGGUCGUUCCUGACACUCCCAUCUAACUCACUGUCAUCGCUGUGGUCUCUCUGUGUGUGUGUUUGUGUGUGCGUGCAUGUUUGAUGCAGAUUUAGUGGGAACGCAUUGUAUUCAGAUAUUAAACCAGAAGAGUGUAUCUACAGUAGUGCUGUUGUGGUGACCGUAUUACCGCCACACUGGCAGUCAUGUGCCAUGACCACAGUAAAAUUCCACAUGUCACGGUAAUAUCCUUUUAUGCACUCUGGACAUGCUUUGGUAGUACCCAACUUGCUAGAUCAUCAGGUCCUAAUGGCCUGUUACUCAGGGCUACAGUGGGGGAAAAAAGUAUUUAGUCAGCCACCAAUUGUGCAAGUUCUCCCACUUAAAAAUAUGAGAGAGGCCUGUAAUUUUCAUCAUAGGUACACGUCAACUAUGACAGACAAAUUGAGAAAAAAAAUCCAGAAAAUCACAUUGAAGGAUUUUUUAUGAAUUUAUUUGAAAAUUAUGGUGGAAAAUAAGUAUUUGGUCACCUACAAACAAGCAAGAUUUCUGGCUCUCACAGACCUGUAACUUCUUCUUUAAGAGGCUCCUCUGUCCUCCACUCGUUACCUGUAUUAAUGGCACCUGUUUGAACUUGUUAUCAGUAUAAAAGACACCUGCCCACAACCUCAAACAGUCACACUCCAAACUCCACUAUGGCCAAGACCAAAGAGCUGUCAAAGGACACCAGAAACAAAUUGUAGACCUGCACCAGGCUGGGAAGACUGAAUCUGCAAUAGGUAAGCAGCUUGGUUUGAAGAAAUCAACUGUGGGAAUAAUUAUUAGGAAAUGGAAGACAUACAAGUUUUUCUGCAAAGGGACCAGGACGACUGAUCUGUGUAAAGGAAAGAAUGAAUGGGGCCAUGUAUCGUGAGAUUUUGAGUGAAAACCUCCUUCCAUCAGCAAGGGCAUUGAAGAUGAAAUGUGGCUGGGUCUUUCAGCAUGACAAUGAUCCCAAACACACCGCCCGGGCAACGAAGGAGUGGCUUCGUAAGAUGCAUUUCAAGGUCCUGGAGUGGCCUAGCCAGUCUCCAGAUCUCAACCCCAUAGAAAAUCUUUGGAGGGAGUUGAAAGUCCGUGUUGCCCAGCGACAGCCCCAAAACAUCACUGCUCUAGAGGAGAUCUGCAUGGAGGAAUGGGCCAAAAUACCAGCAACAGUGUGUGAAAACCUUGUGAAGACUUACAGAAAACGUUUGACCUGUGUCAUUGCCAACAAAGGGUAUAUAACAAAGUAUUGAGAAACUUUUGUUAUUGACCAAAUACUUAUUUUCCACCAUAAUUUGCAAAUAAAUUCAUUAAAAAUCCUACAAUGUGAUUUUUUGGAAUAUUUUUUCUCAUUUUGUCUGUCAUAGUUGAUGUGUACCUAUGAUGAAAAUUACAGGCCUCUCUCAUCUUUUUAAGUGGGAGAACUUGCACAAUUGGUGGCUGACUAAAUACUUUUUCCCCCACUGUAUAUUGUCCCUCUAACCACUUUGACAUCAAUGCAAAUGCAAUCUAAAAUCACAUCAAACACUUAUCAUCAAAACAGUAGGCAUAUAGUACUUUUAAAACUCACCUCACUGUGAUGAUCAAUUUGAAGUUCAACAGCAGGUUGAAACAGUGUAAAACAUGGUUGUUGUGGAUGUUGUUUCAAAGCCUAACAAUGAAAUGGAAGCGCUUUCUAAGGUGAUGAUAAAUUCAAAACAUCCAUACACAUAUUAGAGCUUAUGCAUAGGCUUAUGAGGCCGGGAAAAAAAACUGAAUUAUGAUUGUGCCGUUAUAGAAUACAUAGCCUGCCGUAUUAUACGUAUGGCAGAAAAACAUCAAACUAAACUCAUUUAAGAUGGCUUUGGUACAUAAUUGGUCUAGCCUAUACUCCAAAAUUAAACAAAUUCGAGUAAUCUCCUUUGAGUGUGGACUGUAUUAUUAUGCAUACUGGAUGGACUGGUUACCUUAUGCUACACUCCAAAAUGUACACUACCGUUCAAAAGUGUGGGGUCACUUAGAAAUGUCCUUGUUUUCGAAAGAAAAGCGAUUUUUUUGUCCAUUCAAAUAACAUCAAAUUGAUCAGAAAUACAGUGUAGACAUUGUUAAUGUUGUAAAUGGCUAUUGUAGCUGGAAACGGCUGAUUUGUAAUGGAAUAUCUACAUAGGCGUACAGAGGCCCAUUAUCAGCAACCAUCAGUCCUGUGUUCCAAUGGCACGUUGUGUUUGCUAAUCCAAGUUUAUCAUUUUAAAAGGCUAAUUGAUCAUUAGAAAACCCUUUUGCAAUUAUGUUAGCACAGCUGAAAACUGUUGUGCUGAUUAAAGAAGCAAUAAAACUGGCCUUCUUGAGACUAGUUGAGGAUCUGGAGCAUCAGCAAUUGUGGGUUCGAUUACAGGUUCAAAAUGGUUAAUGCGUGGAGCGAAAACAGCAAUUGUGGGUUCGAUUACAGAAACAAAGAACUUUCUUCUGAAACUCAUCAGUCUGUUCUUGUUCUGAGAAAUGAAGGCUAUUCCAUGCGAGAAAUUGCCAAGAAACGGAAGAUCUCGUACAACGCUGUGUACUACUCCCUUCACAGAACAGCGCAAAUUGGCUCUAACCAGAAUAGAAAGAGGAGUGGGAGGCCCCGGUGCACAACUGAGCAAGAGGACAAAUACAUUAGAGUGUCUAGUUUGAGAAACAGACGCCUCACAGGUCCUCAACUGGCUGCUUCAUUAAAUAGUACCCGCAAAACACCAGUCUCAACGUCAACAGUGAAGAGGCGACUCCGGGAUGCUGACCUUCUAGGCAGAGUUGCAAAGAAAAAGCCAUAUCUCAGACUGCCCAUCUUAAUCUUUUCUUUUUAUUGGCCAGUCUGAGAUAUGGCUUUUUCUUUGUAACUCUGCCUAGAAGGUCAGCAUCCCGGAGUCGCCUCUUCACUGUUGACGUUGAGACUGGUGUUUUGCGGAGAUAUUCCAUUAAAAAUCAGCCAUUUCCAGCUACAAUAGCCAUUUACAACAUUAACAAUGUCUACACUGUAUUUCUGAUCAAUUUGAUGUUAUUUGAAUGGACAAAAAAAUUGCUUUUCUUUCGAAAACAAGGACAUUUCUAAGUGACCCCAAACUUUUGAACGGUAGUGUAUAUCCAUGAGUCUGGGGGAGAACAUAUAGCCCUUGAUGAUGCUGUUGGUUCUUUGAUUGUGCACCUGUUGGGGCAGCGAGAGCAUGCUCCUCAAACAGUGGUUGAUGCGUGGAGUGAAAUAAGUGUUCUACUAUUUUUUUCUCAGCUGCUCAUAUUAAGCACAUGCUCCGCUAUAAAAACCGAAGUAGCCUACAAAAUGGACCAGUGGGAAAGUGCGUGGCCUCCAUUCGCUAUUCGAGUGCAUACAGAUGGCAUGUCUUGUUCCUGCCCAUUUGAUAAUGGGCCAUUCUAAAUCUAAACUAAUUUGACCUAUUAGUAAAGAUGAGAUUAAAUUGAGAAUAGUCUGAUGGGUGAAAAUAUGAUCACUUGAUGAGAGAGCUGUGCAGCCUGAGGCAAGGAACAUAGCGCAGGCUUUUUUUGCGACUUUCUCAAAUCAUCAAUAGCCUAUAGUCGCACCAUGCCGCCCAUAUAUGUUUUGAUUUCUAAGACAUUCUAAGGUUUGUAUCAUUCACAACUAAAGUUUCCAAAUAACUCUAAAUCUAGCAUAUAGGACAUGUUUCAAAUGAUCACUUUUGCGCUCAACAUAGCCACUUCAUAUGCGCAGUCGCUCCGUAAUGGGAAAAAUAUCCUUUCUAUUUCAUUCAGCUAUAUUCAAUUAUAUUCUUCUUAAUAUAAAAUCAUAUAAAAUAAAAUAAUGGCACAGGAUUUAUAAGCAUAUCUUGUCAGCUAAAUGAACAACCCUACAGCCUAUGACAUGGAGCAUAGCUAGAUAACAUAGGCCUACAGUAGGCCAACUCAUAUUCUGUUCUUCUGAAAUACAUUUUCUUCAUAUCAUAAUGUUUCUUUAGACCUGACUAAAAUAAAUAAUGGAUAUAUUGUGAUGGUGUAUAUUAAAUUGAUUUAUUAUAUUUUUUAAAUGUAUAUGUUCCAAAGGCACACAUCAGCGGCUUGUUUGAGUGGAGGCCUGGAGAUGCUAAACGUGUUAAUUAAUGGUCAAUUAACCUGAGACCGCAGUCUUUUGCAUGACAAUAACCGGCUGACAAAAUUUCAUGCCCGCCACAGCCCUAAUCUACAGUAACAGCUAUUAGCAUCCUUGUUGGUUUGGUUGUGUUUCUUUAUCACAUGCAACAUGAAUCAAGUGUGACCUCCAUUAGAACAAAUACAACAACUAUUCUCAUGUUAGUUUUAUUAUGAAACAACUUACGUAAAUCCAUUAUUUUGUCAAGCACUGCCAUAUUAAUACACAAUUUCAGAGGAGUUAUGGAAAUCCCAUAAGGGCUUUCUUGGCACACGAUGGGAUGUGUGUGUGUGUGUGUGUGUGUAUGUGUGUAUGUAGGCCAACCUCAUACACAUGACCCACACACACACAUAUUGCACACACAACAAUAGUUAUCAGUCAUUGUGUGCAUGCCAUGUCUUGACUUGAUGCAAAGCUUAGCAAAUGCAACUCCUCUCCAUUCACAUUCUGUAUGUCCUGUCUUUUUUUCAACAUUAUAUUUAUUUAGUUUUUUGUUUUCUUUUUACAAUAAUCAGAUAAAGAGGUACAGUCUCAUCUCCUUUCUAAGACCAUACAACUACAACAACGAUGGAAACAAUAGCCACCAUUUUCCAUCGUCCAGCAGCAUGCAUAUUUUAGUAACAAUAACCCUGUAGCCUAGGCCAGGAAAAUAUGGCCUAAAAUAUUUCAGCAGUCACAGUGACCUAACCGGUAGUGCUCCAGACUUGGAUGCUCUGGCGUGCAUCUAGCAGCAUUUACCCCUCUCUGAUGUAACAAGAGUUCCCCAGGGACAGCCAGUGACGGCAGCAGAUGUUAGCAGUUGAAGACAAAUUAAAGAGAGGGAGACGGACAGAGAGAGACAGAUACAGGAAAGGAGAGAGAUAGAGAGAAAGAGAACGAGACAGAACGUAAGAGAAAGGGAAAAAGAGAUGAAUACAUAGAAAGAGAGAGUGAGAGAUGGAGGGAGAGAGAGAGACAGAGAGACAGAGAGAGAGAGAGAGAGAGAGAGAGAGAGAGAGGGAGAGAGAGAAGAGAGAGCGGAGAGAGAGAGAGAGAGAGAGAGAGAGAGAGAGAAGGAAAAGACAGGAAGACAUUGCAAAGAGAGGCUAAGAUACAAAAACAGGGUGAGAUGGAUCAAAGAAAACCAGCAAGAGAGAGAUACUGUAGUUAGCAGUAAUAUUGAGUUGUGAAAGACGGUAGUAGAAGUAUGACAGACUCAGUGCUAUCACCUUCUCUCUCGCGCUCUCUCUCUCUUCAUCCAUUUGUCAUAGCUGUCUCCAGUAGUGCUUAGAUCACACGCUGUCGCUCCUGUGGAGGAGAAAGCGCUUUCAUUUCCCUGCGAAGCGAUGGCGUGUCAGUCUGUCUGUCUGCCGGUGCGUUCCUCAGACGUACUGCUCUGUCACACCGCUGGAACUGUGACAGCACACACAGAUGUGGCAUUAGAGGUCUACUGCCUCACUGUCACACAAACAGACACAUCCCUCUGAAGCUGUCACUGAGAUACACUGAGCUCCCACUCUGUCGCUGUGUGACUGGGUUUCUCUGUUACUCUGCUUGUUUGUUUCAGUUCUACCGUUUGAGUUCUUACCAUCCCUGUUCUGACUAACCAGUUCCUCUACUGACAUUCCCUUUUGAGUAGAUAACAAUUAUGAAAUGAGAGAUUCUGCUCAGUAUACCUUGACCUCCACACAGAUUUGGAUUGUUGUUCUUAUGUUAAGCUGCUUGUCAUUCAUUACGAGGUCAGUGAAUUCAGUUCAGAGAUUAUCUUAGUAUUUGCUCUGUCUAGAGUAUAAUUCAGUAUAAUGUCUUACUGUUUUAUAUUUACUCAAAAUGAAAACAAAACACUCCUAUUUCUAUGGAUCAGAAAACUAUGAUGGAUAAAGGGAUGUACCAAUCCCAGAUUGCCCCUUUAACUGGCAUCCUUCAUGUGUGUUGAGUGCAAACUGGGGCUCACAGUUAGAAUAACUCAUUUCAUAGUUUUCCAAGUUCCUUUCAGUUCUAUUAAAUGGUCUAGUGUGUUUUGCUUUUCCCCCUUGGAUGUAGUGUGUAAUGUUGAGUGUGUGGGCCCUGGUCAAAAGUAGUGCACUAUGUAGGGGAUAGGGUGCCAUUUGGGAUGUAACCUGUGUAUAAUAAUCUCCCUGGAUGUGAAGCUGAUGGGUGGUUUUCUCUCGUUGGGCAGACGGAACACAUUCCUCCAUACGACGUUGUGCCUUCCAUGCGACCUGUGGUCCUGGUUGGACCGUCACUGAAGGGCUAUGAGGUAACAGCAUUUUUAUUUUAAGGGAUUGUUAUAAGUUGUUAUAAAGUUGUUGUAAGGGGUUAUAACUGACACAACCACUACUACACUCACUAUUAGUAUAUUCUAUUUAGAUCACUACUUGUUAAGGUUGCCAAAUCCGGUUACUUUCCCCAAAUUCCCAGGUUUCCCAGAAAUCCUGGUUGGAGGAUUCUGGAUUUCCUGCUUAUUCUCUCCUGAUUCAGGGAAUCUUCCAAAUGGGAUUUCUGGAAAACCUGGACAUUUGGGGAAAAUUACCAGAAUUUUGCAAACCUACUACUGGUACUAGCACCACUACUACACUCACUGAUACGUUCUGUUUACACUAAUUCUACUACUUGUUCUCAUUGUGGACACAUGGAUACACCGACAGAGCUGAGCUUUGUCUCUGUGGUUAAUGGGAGGCAGAAAGGGGAGGGUCCUCUGGAACCUGGUGAGAACAGGACACACUAAGCUGAGGAGGAUCACAGUUGUUUACAAGAGAAAGGAUGAAGUGCUAUCAGUCAAUUCUGAAACAACAGUCUGAGCUGUGGGGAUCCCUCUCUCACCAACAGAGAGCUUGCUUCAAUACACCCACCCACCCACCCACCCAUGCAAACACACACACACACACACACACACACACACACACACACACAGAGAGCCUGUUUUCAAAAUGAUGGUAGUUCCUUAAAUGUUCACUAUGUUUUUAUUACCCCAUUUGCUUGCAGGUGACAGAUAUGAUGCAAAAAGCACUGUUUGACUUUUUGAAACACCGAUUUGAAGGGAGGUACGUGCUUUUCUUCCUUCCUUCCCUCUCUCUUUCUCUCUCUCUGUAUCCCUGUUCAGUCUGCUCUGCCUGAGUCCUAUAGGCUGGUAUUUAGUCAUCCCGGGAGGUUUUGCCGAGGGAGUGUAUAACAAGUUUGUUUGGCCUGGAGAUGUGUGCUAGCUGUUGCUUUAAAUAGGCCCUCUCCAUGUCCUUAAUAGGCCAUAGUGGGCCCUAGUGCAGCGCAGGGUUCUCCUCAGCUCCUCUCCUCUCCAUGCACCAGUCCCUGCCUGGGCUGCCUGGCCAGUCUCCCAUCCACAGUAAAGAAAUUAUGUUACAAAACUCAUACUGUACUCAUACUGUAAACCGUUUUAUAUUAUUCUCAAAGUGCAAACCUUUUGAUCAUUAACAAGAUGUUUUACAUACAGUGAGGGAAAAAAGUAUUUGAUCCCCUGCUGAUUUUGUACGUUUGCCCACUGACAAAGAAAUGAUCAGUCUAUAAUUUUAAUGGUAGGUUUAUUUGAACAGUGAGAGACAGAAUUACAACAAAAAAAUCCAGAAAAACGCAUGUCAAAAAUGUUAUAAAUUGAUUUGCAUUUUAAUGAGGGAAAUAAGUAUUUGACCCCCUCUCAAUCAGAAUGAUUUCUGGCUCCCAGGUGUCUUUUAUACGGGUAACGAGCUGAGAUUAGGAGCACACUCUUAAAGGGAGUGCUCCUAAUCUCAGUUUGUUACCUAUAUAAAAGACAGCUGUCCACAGAAGCAAUCAAUCAAUCAGAUUCCAAAUUUUCCACCAUGGCCAAGACCAAAGAGCUCUCCAAGGAUGUCAGGGACAAGAUUGUAGACCUACACAAGGCUGGAAUGGGCUACAAGACCAUCGCCAAGCAGCUUGGUGAGAAGGUGACAACAGUUGGUGUGAUUAUUCGCAAAUGGAAGAAACACAAAAGACCUGUCAAUCUCCCUCGGCCUGGGGCUCCAUGCAAGAUCUCACCUCGUGGAGUUGCAAUGAUCAUGAGAACGGUGAGGAAUCAGCCCAGAACUACACGGGAGGAUCUUGUCAAUGAUCUCAAGGCAGCUGGGACCAUAGUCACCAAGAAAACAAUUGGUAACACACUACGCCGUGAAGGACUGAAAUCCUGCAGCGCCCGCAAGGUCCCCCUGCUCAAGAAAGCACAUAUAUACAUGCCCGUCUGAAGUUUGCCAAUGAACAUCUGAAUGAUUCAGAGGAGAACUGGGUGAACGUGUUGUGGUCAGAUGAGACCAAAAUCGAGCUCUUUGGCAUCAACUCAACUCGCCGUGUUUGGAGGAGGAGGAAUGCUGCCUAUGACCCCAAGAACACCUCCCCACCGUCAAACAUGGAGGUGGAAACAUUAUGCUUUGGGGGUGUUUUUCUGCUAAGGGGACAGGACAACUUCACCGCAUCAAAGGGACGAUGGACGGGGCCCCUACCGUCAAAUCUUGGGUGAGAACCUCCUUCCCUCAGCCAGGGCAUUGAAAAUGGGUCGUGGAUGGGUAUUCCAGCAUGACAAUGACACAAAACACACGGCCAAGGCAACAUAGGAGUGGCUCAAGAAGAAGCACAUUAAGGUCCUGGAGUGGCCUAGCCAGUCUCCAGACCUUAAUCCCAUAGAAAAUCUGUGGAGGGAGCUGAAGGUUCGAGUUGCCAAAUGUCAGGCUCAAAACCUUAAUGACUUGGAGAAGAUCUGCAAAGAGGAGUGGGACAAAAUCCCUCCUGAGAUGUGUGCAAACCUGGUGGCCAACUACAAGAAAUGUCUGACCUCUGUGAUUCUGUGAUUGCCAACAAGGUUUUUGCCACAAAGUACUAAGUCAUGUUUUGCAGAGGGGUCAAAUACUUAUUUCCCUCAUUAAAAUGCAAAUCAAUUUAUAACAUUUUUGACAUGCGUUUUUCUGGAUUUUUUUGUUGUUAUUCUGUCUCUCACUGUUCAAAUAAACCUACCAUAAAAAUUAUAGACUGAUCAUUUCUUUGUCAGUGGGCAAACGUACAAAAUCAGCAGGGGAUCAAAUACCUUUUGCCCUCACUGUAUGGUAUUCGAGUAUAAGCAUACUCACACCAUCUCUGUCCUCUUCUACUAAAUAUUCCUUAGAAAUCACAACUCUCCCCUCUUCAUAUGGUGAUUUUGUUGCUAUCCCCUUUUUCUUUUGAAUACAGUGCAUUUUCCAAGUGUUAAAUUUUUUAUUGAUAGUGAUCAUGAAUCAAGGCUAUUUCAUUCAGAAAUCAGAGCACGCUCUAUUCUCUCUGUGACCAGUUAUUUUCUCUCUGCCUUCCUAUCAGAAUAUCAAUCACUCGUGUCACGGCAGACAUCUCUCUUGCCAAACGCUCCGUCCUCAACAACCCUAGUAAACACGCCAUCAUCGAGCGCUCCAACACACGCUCCAACCUUGGUAAGUUCUGGAAGUAUGAGACCUCUGUGUUCCUCUAG